AUGGCGAAAGCACGGCGGUUCGUCGUCCUCGCGCUCAGGAUCGCGACGGCGGCGGCGGCCGGCGUCGCGGCGAUUGUCAUGGCGACGAGCCACAAGACGACCACCGUCUUCGGCGUACAGGUGCAGGCCAAGUUCCAAUACACGCCGUCGUUCGUGUUCUUCGUGGCCGCCAAUGUCGUCGCGUGCGCCUACAGCCUCCUCGCCAUCCUCGUGCCGCCGGCGAGCCCCGCCGCGAGGCACGUCCUCGUGGCCGACGCGGUGCUGGGCAUGGUGCUCACCGGCGCCGGCGCGGCCGCGGCCGCCAUAUCGGCCCUGGGGAAGAACGGGAACAGCCACGCCGGCUGGCAGCCGAUCUGCGGGCUAGUACCCACUUUCUGCGACCAUGUCACGGGGGCUCUCGCAUGUGGCUUCGUUGCGGUCGUCCUCCACUUACUCGUCGUUCUCCAUUCCAUUUACACCAUGAACAGCUAG